AUGGCCCAGAGACAGAUCCAAGAUGUGUGCUGUAUGGGAGCCAAGGCCCUGGGCCGGAUUCUGGCUCAGCUGGGUGAUCCCCGGGGCCCCUUCCUGGCCCUGAUCUUUUCACAUCCGUCACAGAAAGUUGUCCCGAAAGUCCUCGAACGAGAGGUGAUGGCCAAAAGUGACCGUCAGGACUGGCGAGAGAACGUGCUGGUCUCGCCCGUGGCCGUGGAUGCCUGUGGGCAGGGCCGGUGGGGGUGGGCGGCCACGUAUUUUAUGUGCUUCUUUCUGUUUCUACAGGCCUGGGCAGUGUUUAAAGGGAAAUUUAAGGAAGGGGACAAAGCAGAACCAGCCACUUGGAAGACGAGGCUACGCUGUGCUUUGAACAAGAGCCCAGAUUUUGAGGAGGUGACAGACCGGUCCCAGCUGGACAUUUCAGAGCCAUACAAAGUUUACCGCAUCGUCCCCGAGGAAGAGCAAAAAUGCAAGUUAGGCAUGGCGACUCCCAGCUGCGUGAGCGACAUCACGGAGAUGGAGUGCACGCGCUCUGAGAUCGACGAGCUCAUCAAGGAGCCUUCCGUGGACGAUUACAUGGGGGUAGUCAAAAGGAGUCCUUCUCCGCCGGAGGCCUGCAGGGGCCAGCUGCUCUCAGACUGGUGGAUCCAGCAGCCCAGCGCAGGCUUGCCGCUCGUGACGGGCUACACUGCCUAUGAUCCGCACCACUCAGAGCUCCAGCAGUUCUACAACAACCAGAGCCGGCUUCCCGACAGCAGGGUGGUGCUGUGCUUCGGAGAAGAGUUUCCAGAUAUGACUCCCUUGCGAUCCAAACUCAUUCUCGUGCAGAUCGAGCAGCUCUACGUCCAGCAGCUGGUGGAGGAAGCCCGGAAGAGCUGCGGUUCCGGCUCCAUGGUGCAGCCUCCCGAGGAGCCCCAGCCGGACCAGGUCUUCCGGAUGUUUCCAGACAUCUGUGCCUCCCACCAGAGACCUUUUUUCAGAGAAAACCAGCAGAUCACGGUUUAA